AUGAGUGAAUCUACGAAUUUUGAGUGGGGAGCAGUUGUUAUUUUGAUAUUAAUUGCUUUCAUCCUUUGUAUAUGGAUGUAUACAAUAUUUAUCCACAGGCAAUCCAUCAAAACUCUUCCAAAUCAUAUUAUAUAUUUCAAAUCUUCUGCAAAACAGAUCGAAAAUCAACUCCAAAAAUCUUCCGCAAAAUCUCAAGCAUCAUCAAAGACAGGACCUCAAAGACAAUUUUUGGAUUCUGCGCCAUUCCCAGAAUUCAAAGUAUUUUUACCAGAAGAAAUCGCUCCAUAUGGCAGCAAAACCAUUUCACAGCCAAAUAUCAAUUAUUCCAAAGAUACUACAUCAAUGGUUUCCAAAGAAACAGUACCAAAAUCUCAACAAAACGAUUACGAACCAGUCCGCAGAACUCCACAGUCAUCAAAUCUAUUUCAGUCCAUCCAGAAAGACGCAGAAAAGCUUCAUGAUGAUACAAAGAAGGCUGAGAAAGAGAGAAAAUUAAAAGAAAAGCAAGAGAAAGAAGAAGCCAAGAAGAAGGCUGAAGAAGAAGCAGCCAAGAAGGAAGAAGAACAAGCCAAAUCUACUCAAAAGAAGCUAAGUACAGGCGGCUUAGGAAAGAUUUCAUUAGGAAACUUACCAAAGCUUACGUUGAAAGCAGAAACAAAGACAGAUGAAAAUAAGACAGAGGAAAACAAAGCUGCACCAACAAAGUCAAAUGAAGCAAAAACUGAAGAAAAGAAGGCAUAA